UCCCGCUCUUGCAACACCACCCCCGCCACUCUCCCUUCCCCUCCUACCUCCUCUCUCCUCUCAGCUUUAAUUUUCUCCGAGUUUUCUGAACUCUGGCUCCUGAUCGGGCCUCCUGGGUUCGACGUCCUGGAGGACCGUACCCUGGUCUGUAUCUACACCCUCGACUUUCAGCUUCCCUAACCUGAGGCCCCGGUUGCCAUUGCCCGGGCCACCUGCUCCGAUCGUCUGACUUCAUUCACCAGCGUUGCCAGUUGCUACACUGUCCCCCAGCCCCAAUGGGGGAGUGAGAGGCCACUGCCGGCCGGACAUGGGUCUCCCCACCGUGCCUGGCCUGCUGCUGUCACUGGUGCUCCUGGCUCUGCUGGUGGGGAUAUACCCCUCAGGGGUCACUGGACUGGUCCCUUCCCUUGGGGAGAGGGAGAAGAGGGAUAGUUCGUGUCCCCAUGGAAAGUAUGCCCACCCUCUGAACAACUCCAUCUGUUGUUACAAGUGCCACAAAGGAACCUACUUGGUGAAUGACUGUCCAGAGUCAGGGAAAGAACCAGUCUGCAAGAAGUGUGACAAUGGCACCUUUACUGCUUCCGAGAACCACAUCAGACAGUGCCUCAGCUGCAAGACAUGUCGGGACGAAAUGUUCCAGGUGGAGAUUUCUCCUUGCCGGGCAGACAAGGACACUGUGUGUGGCUGUAGGAAGAACCAAUUCCAGUACUACUUGAGUGAAAAACUCUUCCGGUGCACUGAUUGCAGCCCCUGCUUCAACGGCACCGUGACUAUCCCCUGUAAGGAGAAGCAGGACACCGUGUGUCGCUGCCACUUAGGAUUCUACCGACAUGAAAAUCAAUGUGUCCCUUGCAGCCAAUGCAAGAAAAAUCAGGAGUGUUUGAAGUUGUGCCCACUAUCUUCACUUAAACCCGACAACACCCAGGACUCAGGUACCGCAGUGCUGCUGCCCCUGGUCAUCUUCCUUGGGCUUUGCCUUUUAUCCUUCAUCUUCAUCAGUUUACUGUGCCGCUAUCCCCGCUGGAAGCCCAAGGUCUACUCCAUCAUUUGUGGGAAUUCGGCGCCUGUUAAAGAGACGGAGGUCCAAGGAAUUGUUACUAGGCCCCUAACUCCAGCCCAUGACCCAGCCUUCAGCCCCACCCCCGGCUUCAGCCCCACCCCCGGCUUCAGCCCCACCCCCGGCUUCAGCCCCACCCCCGGCUUCAGCCCCACCCCAGGCUUCAGCCCCACCCCAGGCUUCAGCCCUGUUUCCAAUACCCCCAUCGCCUCCAGCCCCAUCUUCGACCCUAGUAACUGGCCGAACUUCAGGGUCUUGUCACCUGAAGGGACAAGGGAGGUGGUCUCAAACCAGGGUGCUGACCCUCUCCUCUACCCAUCUUCCCCCUCCGGGCCAGUCCCCACCCCUGUUCAGAAAUGGAAAGACUGCGCCCACCCGCAGCGACCUGACAGUGAGUUUGGGUUCCCGGCGGCGGCGGGGGCAUUACUCCUGGAAGGAGUCCGGCAGGGCGGAGGCCGAGAUGGCAGGGCUGCCGCUGGAAGCGCACGGUCCUUGUCCCCAGCUGCAGACCCCGUGACGCUUUACACGGUGGUGGACGAGGUGCCUCCGUCGCGCUGGAAGGAGUUCAUGCGGUUCCUGGGGCUGAGAGAUCACGAGAUCGAGCGGCUGGAGCUGCAGAACGGGCGCUUCCGGCGCGAGACUCAGUACAGCAUGCUGGAAGCCUGGCUGCAGCGCACGCCACGCCACGAGGCCACGCUGGACGUACUGGUCAGCGUGCUUUGCGACGACAUGGACCUGGCUGGCUGCGCGGAGAACAUCCUCGAGGCGCUGAGAAGCCCCGCCUCCUCGUCCGCGCCCCGCCUCCUGCGAUGAGGCCCCACCCCCGCCUCAAGGGAGGGACUUAAAGGACAGUCCUGGCAAGAUGCCCCGCUGCCCUGUGGGCCUCUUCUUUGGAUGAAAAGGAGGGAAGGGCCUUGAAGGGGCAGGCUUGAGCUGGCAGCCGCUUCCUUGGUGCUACCCAGUCGGCGUCCAUAGCUUUUCUCAGCGAGGACUGCCCCAGAGUCAGCCACUUGUGCAUGGCAGCAUAUGUGCCAUCUGUCUGCUCCCAGCAGGCUGGGGGUGCCAAAAGUCAGAACAUGUGAUCGAAGAGGAAAGGGACGCUAUAUCUCAUUCCCACUUGGGAUGCACAGGGCCCAAGCAAGGCUUCUCGGGGCCUCCCCAGUUGGUCCCUGGGCCUUUUUCACAGUAGGUAAGCAAUAAUUUUUUAUCAAUUAUCUCACACUAAUGGAAACUCGGCCUCCCUUUGCUCCCUGCCUGGACGAACACAGCUGAACUGUCUAAGGUAGGGGCAAGCACAGGACAAUGGGGUCUCCAGGUGGAGCCGUGGACACUUGUAAAUACACUAAAAGUCUAAAAAUGA